AUGCAGAGGGUUAAAGAUCGACAACUUUCAACAUCUACAAAACCAGCAACUAUUGCACAGCUUUUGGAUCCAACCAACCUUACAAAUCUUUUCCCUGUCACCAAGUUCCUUGGAUUCUUAGCUACUGGAACUACCGUUGAUACAAAGACAUUGGUUCCACAGCCAAGAAAUAAAGCAGUCGAGUUUCGUUGUAAAUAUGGCUAUGAGAUGGUUGUUUAUGUAUUAGCAAGAUGGAUUGCUGACAUAUCACAAGUUUAUACUCAACAUGCUUACAUGAGACCACUUGGAGUAGUGGCUAUGUUGUUGGGUAUUGAUGAUGAGAAUGGAUCUAAACUCAGCAGGUCGCUUCUUUAG